UAUUUAAGAAUUUUUAAUGAAUUACACUCGAGUCUAACACAAGUGAAUAUAAAAAUAUGACUAUUUUUUAUUAUGCGGUCCAUAUGAAAAGCAAAUCUACUUUAAUAAAAAAAAAAAUUAUAAGUUUAUAUUAUUUUCAAAAUGUUUAUGAUAUUCGUAUGUAGUUCAUCGAUCCCUAUCCAUCGUGAAAGAGUCAGGGCAAAACAAAGAAAGAAGCAAUAACAUAAAUAUUGGUCUGACUUUUGAAAAAUGAAAAAAAAAAAAAAAAAGGGAUUAAAGUAGUUAAAUAAAUUGAGGUUCUGAUUUAUAGUAAAGUUCAGUAAUAAAUAGGACAGGUCAUAAGUGCCAGUAGUACCCCCUCACCAUCUUCAACUCUUCUUCUUCUUCUUCUUCUUCUUCUUCUUCUUUUCUCUCUCUUUUCUGUGCAUGGAAAUGUGGGUCUAAUAAAACUGAUGUUUCCUCUCUUUCCUUCUAAUAAAUUCUCGGCCAAAUCUGCUUCUUCAAAUCUUGAGAUCCAUCUGAGGUUUUUCAUAUUAUCGGAUCUUAGCUUUCAAACUAAUUAAACAUGCUCCCUUCAGUAUACAGAGGGUUGAAGAUAAUCAUUCAUGAUGGGUUGACUGCUAAGCACGCAAUAAGAUCUUACUCCACUGCCACAGGUGCUGCUCGAAGGCUUGAAGGUAAAGUUGCCCUAAUAACCGGAGGUGCAAGUGGACUCGGCAACGCAACAGCCCACCAAUUCAUCCAACAUGGAGCCCGAGUUAUUAUUGCUGACGUUGACUCUAAGUUGGGCCAACAAGUUGCCACUGAGUUGGGCUCUGCAGCCCACUUUGUUCGUUGUGACGUGACAGUGGAGGCCCAAGUAAAAGAUGCAGUAGAAGCUGCAAUGGGCCGUCAUGGUAAGCUCGACAUUAUGUACAACAAUGCUGGAAUACCCGGCCCAUCUGUUCCGCCGAGCAUUGCGGACCUGGAUCUUGAUGAGUUCGACAAGGUAAUGCAGAUCAAUGUUCGGGGCAUAGUCGCCGGGAUAAAGCAUGCAGCCCGAGUAAUGAUACCCGCGGGCUCCGGGUCCAUUCUAUGUACAUCUAGUAUAUGUGGAGUCUUGGGUGGCCUUGGCCCACAUCCAUACACAAUAUCAAAAUUUGCAAUACCUGGGAUAGUAAAGACAGUAGCAAGUGAGCUAUGUAAAAAUGGGAUCAGAAUCAAUUGCAUAUCGCCAGGCCCAAUUCCGACACCAAUGUCUGUGGGCCAAAUAGCCCAGUUCUAUCCAGGAGCUACAAGAGAGAAGAUAGUUGAGAUAAUGAAUGGAGUUGGAGAGCUAAAGGGAGCAAACUGUGAAGAAAUAGAUGUGGCAAAGGCUGCCUUGUAUUUAGCAUCAGAUGAAGCAAAAUACAUUACUGGUCAUAACCUUGUUGUUGAUGGAGGAUUUACUUCCUUUAAAAGUUUUAGCUUCCCUCAUCCUCACCAAAUUGUGUAAUGUUUACCAUAUCAUUGGUUUGUUUUUUUUUU